CCGCCCACAGCCCCCCCAGCAGCAGCCGAGGGCCAUGGCCGAAUGGGCCCCUGCCCAGAUCCAGGAAUGGAACGUGGAGGCUCAGCAUCUGAUGCCCUUGCAACCACCCCUCGUCCCCGAACUGAGCCACAUGCGGGAAGCUCAGCUGCACACGGCGGAGGCGUCCCUGUGGAGCGUCGUGGCCACCGUCCAGUCCAUGGAGAGGAAGAUAGACCUUCUGGCCACCCGGCUGCUCAGCCUGGAAGGCAGGUCUGGGACAGCCGAGAAGAAGCUGCUGGACUGCGAGAAGACGGCCAUGGAGUUCGGGAACCAGCUGGAGAGCAAGUGGGCCGUCCUGGGGACCCUCAUCCAGGAGUACGGGCUGCUGCAGAGGAGGCUGGAGAACGUGGAGAACCUGCUGAAGAACCGCAACUUCUGGGUCCUGAGACUCCCCCCGGGGGCUAAGGGAGAAAUCCCCAAGAUGCCGGUGACGUUCGUCGACAUUGCCGUGUAUUUUUCUGCCGAAGAGUGGAAGAACUUGGCCGAGUGGCAGAAGGACCUGUACAACAAUCUCGUGAAGGAGAACUACGAGUCUCUGCUCACCCUAGGAGCAGAUGUUAACAUUUCCAAACCGGAGGCUCAUCCCAGGAUUGAACGCAGCGCAGAGCCAUGUAUUCCAGAACAGCAGAGCACAAAGGAGAGGGAGAUAUCCACGGAUCCUUGCACAGAACCCUUGAUUUGCACGCCGGACGUCCUGAGCCGCAUCAAGCAAGAGGAGCCUUUUGCAGGGGGAGGCCAGUUCACGGAGGAAAGAGGGAUGCCAACAGAUCCUUGUUCAGGCGCUGAGGGCCUCAUGUCUGCCCAUGACUUCUUAUCGUGGAUUAAGCAAGAGGAGGAGCCGUGCGUCAGGGAGCAUUGGGAGUCGGCAGAGAGAGACAUCCUUACGGGCCCCGGCACAGCUGGCGACGCGAUGGCCGUCAAAGCCGAGACGCAGCGCUCGUGCCCGGAAGAACCGGCGCGGACCAGGGAUUCCAUGUUCCACGGGGAGGCCCCCGUAGCUGCCGGGGCAGCGGCGGCGGCGAUGGAAGCUUACGUGGGCCCAGGCGGCCCGGCCGCGCCGCCCCUGAGCCCCGCCAGGAGCCGAGCGGGUAAAUCCGUUGAGUUGGAGAGUGAGUUGCAAGGCCUCUUUGCCCCGCAGGCGCCAGCCGAGCGCCCCCACGGCUGCAGCGAGUGCGGGAAGAUGUUUGGGGUGAAGAAGAGCCUCAAGGUCCACCAGCGGAGCCACCACAGCCAGGAGCGGCCGUACGAGUGCGCCGAGUGCCGCAAGAGCUUCAACUGCCACUCGGGCCUGGUGCGGCACCAGAUGACGCACCGCGGCGAGCGGCCCUACAAGUGCGAGGAGUGCGGCAAGUGCUACAGCCGCAAGGAGCACCUGCAGAACCACCAGCGGCUGCACACGGGCGAGAGGCCCUUCCAGUGCCCCGUCUGCGGCAAGCGCUUCAUCCGCAAGCAGAACCUCCUCAAGCACCAGCGCAUCCACACCGGGGAGAGGCCCUACCAGUGCGCCGAGUGCGGGAGGAGCUUCCGCUACAAGGAGUCCCUCAAGGACCACCUGAGGACUCACAGCGCCGAGCCCCCCGCCCAGAGGCUGCUGCCCUCCCUGGGAGGGGAGCCUCUCCCGUAAGGCCUGGUAGGGGAAGGAGGAACAGCUCUUUCUUGCAC